AUGAGGAGACAAUACGUCCAGCAUAUCUUCAUCGCGCGACGGGGCCUGGAAGUCGACCACCUCAACAACUGGAGCGACGCCGGAGCCGCGAGCCGCGCAGACCGGUCGGCUUUCCUGUCUCCUGCUGGAGCGGGGCAAGCGCAUUACCUUGGCGAAUUUCUCAGGGAAAAGGGCGUCACGCACAUUUUUGCGGGGCUCGCGGGGAGUAGCGUGGAGACAGCUGCGUUGGCGCAGAAAGUCAUCGGCAACUCGUGCGAAUUGCACGGGGGAACAGCGGCCGUAGACGACUACAUUCGAGCCUUGCACCUAGUUUCCCGCCUGGACGACACUCCGUCGAAAUCUUCGCAAGCUGCGUUCUGGGCUGCCCUGACGGAAUGGCGGACUAAGGCUCUCGGCGCAUGCCCCGCUGCACCGGCAGCUGUCAGCAAAAGAGCCGUCUCCUUGGUGUCGAGACUUUCUUGCACCGCUGUACAUGACGAAGGAGAGGGCGCAGGCUCGGUAGUGCCCGGGGGGACAUGUCAGAAACGGUCCACUGAACUCCUAGCUGAUGAUACUGAAGUGGGCGCACACGCGACCGUCAGCGCCAACUGCGGAGGACAGACGCCUUCGCGGGGAUCUGCGCAGCUUUGCGCGUCUCAGAAUGUUUCGCACAGAGCACAUCUUGUGUGCGGCCAGGCGCCAGGCCAGCGCUACACUGGGAACGUGGAAAGAGUGACUCACGCGGCGCAGGUGACGGUUGCGAGCGUCACAGAGAGGCCGCGGGCCUCCGUAGGCGCGGAACUGCGCCGUCUUGCAGAGACCCUCGUGCGCUCUCUUGAGCGGCUCCAGCGCCUGCUGUCAAAAUGCGCUGCAGAAGGUGUCGAGUGCGCCAAAGAUUGUGUGGCGGUCCCCGAAGGCGCCCUAGGCGUCGUGGAAUUCACUCUCCAGUUUGCUACAACUUCCUUCGUCUUCCUAUCAAGCCGCGCAACACCUGCUUCGCCGAGUCACUCCGCAGCCGACAUCUCCUGGCAAGCUCGCACAAGCACUCAAGCGCUGCUCAGUCUCCUGAAUCAAUACGCGCUUGAAAACCUCGCGUUCGUCUGCGACUCCGCCGCGGCUGUGCGCCUGCUGACGCACGCGCUCCAACGCCACCCCUCGAAACGGCAGUGCGCAGGCGGCUUGACCAACUGGCGCCUCUGGGCGGCCGUGCCCUGUGCGUCUGUGACAGAAAUCGCUCUGCUGCGUGACCCGGACGCGGACAAUGCGAUUGUGGACGCGCGAAUCGUCUGCUUCGCGCAGGAAAUCUGCCCUGCGCCGCCCGUCAAAACCUCUCUCCUGACAUGGACUUCGGGCGGCGACAAAGUGCCUAUUUCCUGGCUUGACGAAUCAGAGGAGUUGCUGGUCAGCGAGCCUGAAGAGCCCGACAAGCUGCAGCAGGACACUGAGGCAACGACGGCGGUUGAAUCGGACGACGCGGAUGGCGGCGAUCUUGCGUUCCGCUUCUUCAGGAGCCUCUGCGGUCCGAAGGGCGAGGUGGCUAUCGAUCAGGCUGUGGUGGUCGCCCAUUCGAAGGGCUUGGCGCCGUCUGAAGAAGACCUGAGGAACUGGACAGCAGUUCACGGCCCCUCCGUGAAACUGUCUCAGCUGGAGGAAUUCCUCAGUUUCUGCGUGCACCCCGAAGACUCCCCCGCAGCUCUCGCCUCCGGUUUCGCGGAAUUCGACGAAGCGAGGACGGGUUACAUUAGUCGCUUCACGCUCGUCUCCCUGCUGAUGACAGUGGGGCAGGAUCCUCACACGGAGGCGCACGUCGACGUUCUUCUCAGGCAAGGGAGAACCGCGACAGAUAGAGAGUGUCGGCCCUUGCCCCGUGGAGCGGGUUUGUUCACCCCCGAGCUCGUGGUCGGUGGUUGGGAGCAUUGGCGCGUCAUUGUCAAAUCGUCAUGUCCACGCAUGCAUGCGCCGCCCAGCCUUCUCCAGUACCGGACGAACAUCAACUUGUCCGCCAGCGUCUCCGUCCCGGCGCGCCCGCCUGCCGAAACAGCCGUCGGCGCGAUCGUGUCGGGUGGCGCCGCCUCAGCGAAGAAAGCGAAACACGUCUCCGACACAGACACACAAGAGAUGACCGUAGCAACCACAGCGGCAACAACGGUGCCUGCCGCUCAAGAAGCGCAGAUUUUUGUCGAAUUCGCGGGGUCCGAAGAAGGCGUCAUUACCACCGAGCAGGCCUGUCGGGCUGCGCAGAAGCUCGGCAUCGUCGCUGGCGCGUGCGACAUGGAAGCCUUUGAACAAGAGUCCAGAGAGCGCGGUGCGGGCACAAUGGAAGUCCAGAAAUUCCUCAGCUUCAUUGAUUUUGUUAAAACCAGGAAUGAAGCCUUCAAUCAACUGGCGGAGAACGGCUAUGUGACGUUUUCGAAUGCAAGGAAGCUUUGCCCUCAGUUUGGUGUAAAAUGCGAGGUGCAUCCUCUGGAUGUCCAUCACUUUGGCGCCGCGAAAAACAUUGACACGCUCGACUACUCGGCAUUCCACCAGUUUUUCAACUUCGUGAAAGCUCGGCAUGAAGCCUUCGAAAAGCAAGCAGCCGAAGAUAAACUGGACGGCCGAAUCAAAGCAACGAGCGUCGAGCGGCUGUCGCACAUUUUCGGCUUCUCUCCCUCUGUGGAAGAGCUCCGCGCGAUCGCGCGGGAAGACGAGGAACACGGCUUCUCGUAUGACGAGUUCGUGAAUCUCCUGGCCUCCAUCGACCAAUCCGACACGCUGGAGGAACUGCGAAAAGCUUUCGCCUUCUACGAUAUGCACCACAGCGGCCAGAUCAAACGCGCGGCGAUGGCACGGGUGCUCUCAGGCUGGGGGGACGGUUUGACCGAAGACGAAAUUAAUCAAGUCCUCACGGCAUUCGCUGGCUCGGAUGAGUACAUCAACUACAAUGUUGUUAUUUCAAAACUCAUGCAGCCAAGUCCAAUUCAGCAGCUCUAA